AGAAAAAGAAGAAAAAACAAAGUAGUAAAGAAAAACCAUUGAGCAGUCACUUCACAUAAAUAGAGAGCCAAAACAACAAUAUAUAAUAACCCACCAACCAAACAUUUCUUGCAUCUUACAACCAAAACCAAAUUUUCAUAUCAAAAAGAGUUACACUAUUUUCUAUAUGUGGUGUUUCCCUUGCUAGCUUGAAGUUAUACACAAAAAUAUCCUCAUCUGUACACCAUGAGGAGCUUUUCAAAGAGCAAAUUAUCUCAAUGUUUUCGCCCUGUUGUUGAUCUUGAUGACAUACUUGAAUCCAAAGUUGUUGCUCAUCACCACUCAAAGAACAAACAUACAGUUUUAAAAGUGAUCAAAGCUAUGGUGUUGGAAACUAUAUUGAAUAGAAGAGCUCGUCAUAAAACUUGUUAUGGCUUUGAUUGUUUUAGUGUGUCAAAAAAUAUUUAUUCGACGUAUAAGAAAGUAACCAAAGCUACUCAAUCGUCUUUGACAACUUUAUCUUCAGAUAGUUCAAAGUUAUCAGAACCAAAGAAAAUGUCCACCAAAGAAAAACAUGAGAAAGAAACUAGCCGAGGAAGCGCAAUAUUAGAUAAGCAAAAGAAGUUUGAGUUUUAUGCAAUGUGUUUGGUUCUCAUAAGCUUGGUAUUUACGGUGUGUUUUGGGAAAUUAUUUGGAAUUUUUUUGACUUCAAUAUGCAUCUUCCUUUUCUCUCUUUGCAACUCAAACUAUAGCGCUGCCAAAAGAUGUUGCUAUAUGGCCCAAAAUACAUGGAUCUCCCCGAACAAAGCUUUAUGAGCCACAGAUGACAGUGAAGGAACAAGUCAUUUUCAUGUAUGUUAUAAGGUUGGGAGAAACAGUUUCACAUUUAUCUCCUUUGCCUUUCCUUCGAAUUGGAUUCCCUGCAGUUACAGCAUGUAACAAGACACUGUAACAGAUCUAAGCAGUCAAAUAUUAAAUUGGCGGAUGAGAUUGUCUUACCUGGCGGAUGAGAUUGUUUUACCGAAUGAAAAUGAGUUUGAAAUGUAAAUGUCUGAUCUCAAAUCAAUAGUUUUGAUCCAGUACACACAUUAAACCGUGUGGAAAUGCAGCAGCAAACAAAGAGAAUUUAUUCCGGCAUAUAGAAAGCCCAUCACAAUGUUGUAUAUAUAUGAUUGAAGUUAUGGAAUAAAGUACAGAAGUGUAGAGUUGCUGCAUACCAAGGUUGUCAAAAUCAGAAUUUUGCUUCAGGUCGAAAGAGAAAAGUAAAAUUGAAAAUCGUAAAAUCACAAUCAACUGAAUCAGUUAUUUGGUGGACUUUAAACUGUAUCUGUUAUGAGUAUAUACAAUUUAUAACUGACUCAGUUUAAAGUCCACAUAAUACUUGUAAAUA